AUGAUUGACCUAGACAAAAUUAAAACGUUAGUCGACAUUCCCAUCAGCCAUGUUGCUGGAAUUCUCGCAGCGUCGACCGUUAUCUACUUCCUCUCUUCCUGCUUCUACAACCUUUACUUGCAUCCACUGAGAAAGAUCCCGGGACCGAAGCUGGCUGCUAUUGGACCCUACCUUGAGUUUUACCACGAAGUCAUCCGGGAUGGUCAAUAUCUUUGGGAGAUCGCCAAGAUGCACGAUAAAUAUGGCCCCAUCGUCCGCGUCAACGCUCAUGAAGUUCACAUCAGGGAUUCAUCCUAUUACUCUACCAUUUAUACUGCCGGUGCUCGAAAGACCAACAAGGAUCCAGCGACUGUUGGUGCCUUUGACGUUCCGACUGCCACUGCGGCUACCGUUGAUCAUGACAAACAUCGUGCUCGCCGAGGCUACCUGAACCCUUAUUUCUCGAAGCGAACAAUCACCAAUCUCGAACCUUUCAUCCAUGAGCGUGUCACCAAGCUCUUGUCUCGAUUUCAGGAACAUCUGGACAACAACCAGAUCCUCAGUCUCGAUGGUGCCUUUUGCGCUCUGACGGCCGAUGUCAUCACUUCUCGAUUCUAUGGCAAGCAUUACAACUAUCUCGAUCUUCCCGACUUUCACUUCGUGGUUCGCGACGGUUUCUUGGGUCUUACCAAGGUGUACCAUCUUGCACGCUUUCUCCCUCUCCUGGUCACCGUCUUGAAGCGACUUCCUUACUCAUGUGUCCGCAUGAUCGCACCGUCUGUGUGUGAUCUUCUCCAGAUGCGAAACGAGAUUCAGGAUCGCGGUGCUGGGGAGUUCCUAUCCGAAAAGACUACCGAGGCCAAGUCAUCUAUCCUUUUCGGUGCACUCGCUGACACCCAUAUCCCUCUCGCUGAGCGCACUGUUGAGCGAAUGCUCGAUGAGGGUACCGUUAUUCUGUUUGCAGGUACUGAGACUACCUCAAGGACACUGGCCAUUACCCUUUUCUAUCUCUUGACUCAUCCAGAGUGUCUGAAGAAACUCCGAGAGGAGCUGAACACUCUACCUAAGGUCGAAGAUGACAAGUUUACCUUGGCCACUCUCGAGAAUCUCCCAUACUUGAACGGUGUCGUUCACGAGGGGUUCCGCCUCGCCUUCGGUCCAAUCUCUCGCUCGGGACGUGUCGCUACUCAGGAGAACUUGAAGUACAAGGAUCAUGUCAUCCCCGCCGGAACUCCCAUUUCUCAAUCCACCUACUUCAUGCACACCGACCCCAAGAUCUUCCCUGAGCCCUCCAAGUUCAGGCCUGAACGAUGGAUCGAAGCUGCAGAGAAACAGAUUCCACUCAAGAAGCAUAUCACCAACUUUUCUCAGGGCUCAAGGCAGUGCAUCGGUUACACAAUGGCCUUUGCUGAGAUGUAUCUUGCUCUUUCUCGCAUUGCUCGGGGUUACGAGGUUGAGCUUUAUGACACCACCAAAGCCGACAUUGACAUGACUCACGCCCGCAUUGUUGGCUAUCCCAAGGCAAUUCCAGGCAAGACCGAGCAUGUUGGUGAAAUUCGAGUCAAGGUUCUCAAAGCUUUGUAA